CGCCAAGUUCAGGCCGGCAAGUCGGCAAUCCGAUACGACGCUCGUCGGCGGGGACCUUCCCUACCUAUGGCAGAUCGCAGAAAUUAGUGCGAGCGCGAGACGGCGCCGGAACGGCUCGACCGUGGCCGACAUCAUGGCGGCGGCUAGGAAACCCGAGCAGCCGGACCUGGGCUGCCUGGUGGACGAGCUCUGCGCGUCGGGCCGCUCCGCCGAGGCGCACCACCGCGUCGCGCUCCUCCUCUCCUCAUCCUCCCCGUCGCGCCGCCUCCACGGACCCGCCGCCAACGGCCUCCUCCGCCGUCUCCUCCGUGCCCGCACGCCCCUCCUCACGCUCCGCCUCCUCCAGGCCGCCCCGUUCGUCCCCUCCCUCCCCAACUACAACCGCCUCCUCGCGCUCCUCUCCUCCGCCGCGGCACCAUGGCUCCUCCUCCUCGCCCACCGCCUCUUCUUGCGCAUGCUCGUGCCCCCGGAUGCCGCCUCAUACGCUGCGCUCCUCGACGGGUACGCCUGCGCCGCCGACCCUGCCGCUGCCCAGAAGCUGCUCGAUGAAAUGCGCCACCGGGGGCUCGCUCCCAGCUCCCUCGCACAGACCUACCUCGUCAAGGCCUUCCUCCGCAGCCGCGACGUUGAUGCGGCCAUGAACCUCGUCGACAACCAACUCUGGCCAAGCAUGGAGCGGUUCCAUGACGAGGACCAGGGACUCAAGAACGCCGCGUUCGCCAACCUCGUGCAGUGCCUGUGCGACGAGGGGUUCUUCCACCUUGUCUUCCGCGUCGCGGAGGAGAUGCCGCAGCGUCGGUGUUGCGUCCCCGACGAGUUCUCCUACGCCCAGAUGAUUGACUCGCUGUGCCGGGCUGGGCAGCACCAUGGCGCGUCCCGGAUAGUGUACAUCAUGGGGAAGAGGGGCCUGCACCCGAGCACCGUGUCCUACAACUGCAUUGUUCACGGGCUGUGCACCAGUAAGAAGCCCGGGGGGCGCCUGAGGGCAUACCAGCUGGUGAUGGAAGGCGUGCGUUUCGGGUAUCGGCCGAGAGAGGUAACAUUCAAGGUACUCGUCGAGGAGCUCUGCCGGGAGAAAGAGCUCGCCAAGGCCAAGGAUGUCCUCGAGCUGAUGCUGCAGCCCCAAACUGGUCAUGACAAGCCUGAUGAGGAGACCAGGACUAGGCUAUACAAUAUGUUCCUUGGGGCGCUGCGUGCCGUGGACAACCCCAGCGAGCAGCUUAGUGUGCUCGUGUCCAUGCUGCAGGGGGAAUGCAGGCCGGAUGUAAUCACUAUGAACACUGUUGUCCAUGGCUUCUGCAAAGUUGGGCGGGCCCAGGAGGCUAGACAGAUUGUGGACGACAUGAUUAAUGGGAAAUUCUGUGCUCCUGAUGUCGUCACGUUCACCACCCUCAUCUCUGGAUACCUGGAUGCAGGUGAGCAUGCAGAAGCCCUGCAUGUGCUGCAUACUUUGAUGCCCCGGCGCCGGUGCGCCCCUAAUGUUGUCACCUACAACUCUGUCCUCAAGGGACUGUUCUGCCUUGGGCUAGUUGAGGAAGCGAUUCAGCUCAUCGACGAAAUGAAGUCGAAUAAUGUUGCCGCCGACUCUGUUACUCACACGUUGGUGAUCAAAGGGCUGUGCGGGGCAGGACAACUCGAGAAGGCAAAGGCAUUUUGGGAUAAUGUAGUCUGGCCAUCUGGGAUACAUGAUGGUUAUGUGUACAGUGCAAUCUUCAGAGGCCUUUGCAAACUCGGGAAACUGGAGCAGGCAUGUGAUUUCCUGUAUGAGUUAGUUGACUGUGGGGUUUAUCCUGGUGUAGUGUGCUACAAUAUACUCAUCGACACUGCCUGCAAGCAGGGAUCUAAGAAGUUAGUCUAUCAGGUGGUGAAGGAGAUGAGAAGGAAUGGCCUUUCACCAGAUGCUGUCACAUGGAGGAUUCUUGACAAAUUGCAUCUGUAUAGCAACGAAGAACAAGAGGAGGAGCACCAACUCCCUACUUAUCAUAUGGAUCAAAGUUGUGCAGAUGACCGAGUACAGUCUCUCAUCUCAACCAAAAACGAUAUACCUUCAUUAUUGUCAUCAUCAAAACAUCUCGAUGAAGUAUACAAGAAUAACAACGAGGCUAAGGUUGAAGAUGUUAGAUGCUCACCAGAAAUGCCCGAUAAGCCAUCUGAUUUUACUGAGUUUAACAAAGAACAGGACUAUGCGAUAGAUGAUUCAGCAAGUGGAAAAAUAAUGGACAAGGAUUAUGCACUCAGGGAUGAUGGCUUCGACAUGCAGGAUAAGCAACCUCUAACAGGACCACUGUCUAGUGUAGUUAGAAAGGUUUUUGGCCUGCUCUAGAACAAGAACAAGUGUUGUUGGUUAGAAGGGGAACAGGUUGGAACAUUGCUUAAUGGAGGCUGACGUUUUAUCUGAUAAUAGAGGCUGAGUGAAUUAGAGAUAACGGCGAACUUGAAACCUGUUGAAUUAUUAAAGAAUAAGGCCUGAGCUUGAUUGACAUGGCUGAUUUUGGGUGCACUUCACAUAAGCUUGUCGAUAACCAUCCUGCAUGUUAUACAGUUGCCUCUCUACUCUUCAGUUAACUUACAUCCAUGGUUUUUCAGAAAUGUUGGAGAGUAAAGAAUGCUGCAUAUACAGUAUUUAGCUUGUUCCAGUUUUUCAAAUGCUCACUCCAGUCCACUGCCAGGGCUUGCUGUAUUUGCGGUGCAGAUGCACAUACCAGGGAGCAUGCUCUACCACAUUGUACAAUGUCUAAGUGCUCCUGGGCUCUUUUGGAUGAAGAACUCAUGGACAUGCUCUCAGGCCUGAGAUUCAUUGAUUCGAUAUAUUUGGGUUCU